GCGACCUUGGUUAAACGCAUGCGGUGACCACAUCCGUUGCCGUUUAAAAGACUGGACCAACAUAGGCUACGAACAUUCGCCAGAAACUCCAGUUGUCUCUGCAGGCAAACGGCGAUAUGAAUUACCAAGAUGUAGAUGGAGACCCUGGACGGAAUAAAAAUAGGGUCAAACUGCUUAUUCCACUUUGCGUAAUCAUGAUUGUUUCAGUGCUCGUGACUGUGCUCGUGCUGUGGCUCACACUUGGUACGGGUUCGUCUGGCAGUUUACAGGCAACAGUAAUGUCAAGAUGCGAAACUUAUUUGAAAGACCAAGGCGCCGCUAUGAGCCAAAUUAGCUGUGAGAAGAUCUGGGAGUCGUUCAAGCAGGCGUUCGUGGGUAAGGACCCCUGUGACGUCCCCCCUGAAUCCUACGACCCUCUCAUGCGCAUGACGUUCCAGGUUACAACGUGCGACAGGUCGCUCUUCUGGAGUAAAACUAAAGACAUCGUCCACGACUUUACAUCAAAGAAAAAUUGCUACUCGACAUUAGAGGACACUCUCAUUGGGUUCAUCUUGGAUGGGCUGACGUGGUGUGGCAGAAACAACAGCGAAGAAGUGUUAACUGAGGGGUGCCCCGGCUGGACAGACUGUGUCAACAACCCUGUCCGCUCCUUCUGGAACCGAGCGUCAGCUGCAUUUGCAGGCUGCGCACGUGGGAAGGUGUCUGCCAUGCUGAAUGGAUCCAUACCCACCCCUUUUGAUCCCAAUAGCAUUUUUGCUUCAGUAGAAGUGAAACAUUUCAACUCCACCAUCAUGAGCGACUUAAAGGUUUUGUUGGUUACCAUGGAGUCAGAUACGAAAACCUGUGAGAGUGAUGCAUCACUGAAGGAUCUGCAAAAGGCACUGGACCCUAAAAUUACAUACCAGUGUGAGAUUGUUCCUCAGACAAAAAUUGAGAACUGCAUCGCACAGCCUCAGAUAGCUUGUGGUGACUGCUGGUGACUUCACUUCAGAUGGAUGUACUAAGAAGUUGGCUCAGCAGUAAACUGGGUUACCUAAGUUAAAGGGACACUGUGUGAGAUUUUUAGUUGUUUAUUUCCAGAAUUCAUGCUGCCCAUUCACUAAUGUUGCCUUUUUCAUGAACACUUACCACCAGUUUUCAUUAUGACUGGAAAAAUUGCACUUUUCAUACAUAAAAAGGGGGAUCGUCUCCAUGGUCCGCCAUUUUGAAUUUCCAAAAAUAGCCAUUUUUAGCUGCAAAAACGAUUGUACUUGGACCAUACUAGAAAAUAUUUGUUUAAUACUUAAACUUUCCUGUAAAGAUCAAAUUUGGCAAUAGGCAGCCCAAUUUCAAUAUGCAGCAUAGUUGCAGUACCUUUUUUGACCAUUUCCUGCGCAGUGUCCCUUUAAGGUAAAUCAUCGAACAGAAGAGCCCGGAGUACUCAAUGGUUUACCUCUUAACUUAACCUGGUUUACUCCUGAACCAGCUGUUUAGUAUCGGCCCCAGGAGCCCUGUUGCAGGCCCUGAUGCCUGUCUGGACACUUGCUGCUCUUACUGUGCGCCCCAACGCACCAACGCCUCCUAAAGGAUACGGUACCUGAGUGAAGACUGGACUGCAUUGCCUUGAAGCCUUAUGACCAAAAGUAGAACUGCAGCAAUGACCCAAGAUAGCCGUUUUCAGGGACUAAUGGGGCAGCACAAACACACAUACUGUAAGCAAACACAUAUUCAGUGCAAUGGUACUUUUCAGUGUCAUUUUGGGGCGGUCUGCCCAAGGACUGUAUACUGUGCACAUAUCCCCCCAGUUAUACACUUACAGUAUACACAGAACCGAAUGAUAGGCCUACCUCACUUCCACAUUAAUACAUGUCAAUUCUAUUGAUAUUACUGCCAUGAAUCAGUACAGUAUAUGCAGUGCAUGAUGUGAACAGCUUUAGAUUUGGCUGGAACAUUAAAUGUGUAAAUUAAUGGAAGUGUUCUGAUCUGGCCACAGACAGGGGGCUUGUCUGGAGUCACACGUUUUCAGACGCAUUCCCUUCUUCAAACUGAACAGGGUAUUGCAUUGGCAACACAAUAUAUUGCGAUACUCGACUGUUAUGAGGUUGUCAUGUCAAUGAGCAAAAAGGAGAGGGAACAUUUGGGGAAAUUUGGUGAUCUAACACUGUGCGGUCCGGUUCUCGAUUCUGAUUGGCUGAUAGCCGUGGUCAAUUGAGCGUGAACCUACACCUUCCACCUGAAGAUUCUAUGCGCGUCUAAGUUAGACGCGGCACAUUAUGAAUUAUUAAUAAAAGAAUCUUUGGCGGAGCUUCGGGUGCAGGAAUGGAAUGUCAAUUAAAAAACCUGCUUCGCGUUGUGCCCCACUCCCCUUGGCCGUUAUCAAUUGAGCACAAUCCACGGCCUCUCGUGGCUUAUUGCUUAAAUAUAGCCUACAUAUUCAUGGAUCAGAAAUGUUGAUAAUGAACACUGUUAAGUAUUAUACACUGGGCCUUUAAUAUGCUACAUAGUCUAGCUAAAUAAGCUGAACAGCUACAGCUGUUUUUUGUUUUCUUUUGUUUUUGUUUGUUUGUUUUUUGUCUGUUUGAGUCUGAGUAACAUUUUGCACAGCUUAAUCGAUGUCGGGUAAGCUGCCGAGAACAUAAAUUUAUGUUUUUGUAUAACUAUUCCUGUUGUAAUAAAAUAUAAUGAUGGUAAUGUUUUACCAAGUAAUAUAGAUCUAAUUUAUAGGCCUACAAAACCAGGACAUCAAGCCUAUAGGCCUAUAUUUUAUCAGAGGACGAUGUGGGUGAUGUUAGUCUGUUCA